GCGGCUCCAGGUCGGAGACAGCUUCCAGAAGAGAGAGGAGGAACCACACACAGGGACCAGCGUGUGGCUCCAGCAGUAACCCUGUCUGUCUGUCAGCACCAGGGAGUUGUCCUCUUCUCCCCUGCGGCUGCAGCGGCGUGUCUCACACAGAGGAGCGGUUAUGUGAUGGGUGUUGGAGCGGAGCCCGGGAGAGCUUUCCUUCGCCAGGGCAGCGGGGUGAUGAGGAAGAGCAGGUUUCUGCCGCUGACCGGGAAGUUCGCUUUCCACUUCCAGGCGACGCUCAGUGGCGAAUAGAGGAGCCACCGCUUUCACUGAAGGAUUAAAUCACUUAUUUAAUUAAUUUGCUUGUUGUUUCUGCGCUGAAAUGUGGUUUUAAUUAUGCUCGAGCUCACCUUCGGAUUGUACAUGUUGCCUGGCUGAGCAACGGCUGCCUAUGGAUUGUGCUUCUUCUAUGCCCAUAUUUGGAGUUAUUUAAGGAGACAGUUAACAGGAUUCAACACAUCCAGGUCAAAUGACCGUCUAAUGUCCGUGAGUGUGACGAGUCUUAUUGUGACAUGGAAAAAACGCGACUCUACAGCCUCCUUUAUUACUUCAUCCUCAAUUCACCCCUUAUGAUUUGUGCAAAUGCUGCAUUUACUGAAGUCCCGAAAGAUGUGAGUGUGGGGGAGGGAGAGGAUGUGGAAAUGCCCUGCGCCUUCAAGGCUGUCAGUCCAGCGCCCAUGUCUUUGGAGAUCCAGUGGUGGUACCUGAAGGAGGAAGUACCUAAGGAACUGACUCAUGAGCUGCAGAUCAGUGCCCCGGCCAACAGAGCCAAGGUCGUUUCAAGGGAAGCCACAAAAAUAAGUACCGUGCGUGUUCAGGGCAACGCCAUCUCCCACCGCCUCAGCCUGUCCAGGGUGAAGAAGGAUGAGGAGGGGGUUUACGAGUGCCGCGUGUCUGACCUUUGGGCCGAGGAGACUCAGGAAUUUACGGUUCAUGCCAUGCUGCAUGUCGCGCUGGGUGACGGCAUGGUGGCCGAGGAGGCUGUGUCGCACAUCCAGAACCGCUGGCCGCUGAGGAAUACCAACACGGUGCUGGGAGGGAGCGGAGCAGGGAGAGCCACCUCAGAGCCCGGCCAGGGGCUGGCAGGAGGUCAGAGGUCGGGGCAGGGUAAGCAGCGGGUGCCUCAGCAGGCCCAGCCUGGCCUCCUCCCCUCCAUCUCCUCCACCACCACCACCUCGGUGGCCAAGUCGUCAGCUUCACCGCUGCCGGGGAACGCAGGCAUCCUCCGGCAGCAGCUGGGAGCUGGUGAGCUGCAGUGUGAUGAGCACCAUGGACCCCCUCCUCUGCAUCACUCUCCUGUUCCUGCAUAAACUUCUUCCCUUCCUGUUGGCCCACUGACUUCAACCAAAAUUGUGUCUACCUGCAACGUUCUCACUUUCUAUACCAAAAACAAAACAAACUAGCAGCAGUCAGUGCCCACCAGAGGAGAAAGGGUCACAUUAAAUCGAUGUAUGCCGUUGCAACAAAUCACUGCAGGGAGGGAAAGCGAUGCAAAAAGGACGGAGGAGUUGGACAGAAGACAUUAAAGAAAACGGAGGAGAAGAAAGUUCCUCAGACUUGAAACACACAUAAAAGCUACAUAACUGUUGACCGAGCAGAGUGUGGAGGACAAACAUGUGCUCACAGUGAUUGAUGGGAGCAUCACACCUGAUCCACACAGCCUAUACAGUGUGGACACAUGAAGCGCUGCCUCAACUCUCCACCUGCUUCAUGCAUGGCCCUCCUCAAACACUUCACACACAUUUCUUUUGCAGCAUUUCCACUGCGAAUUCUGUUCAUCUGACAACUCAGACCAGUUCAAUGCGAGUCCCGCUCCUGACUUAGUCACUUUCAUUUGUUAUAUGGGAGACAUGUGACUGUUUUUCUUUGAUCAGCUUAAUCAUUUACGUAUUUUUCUUUAGCCAUGUGAAGCAUCUUCAUUUUACAGAAUCACCGUUCAUCCUGUGUUGGUCUGAUUUAUGCCAUGUCCACCCCCUCCUACACAAACACACUUACUUUUGUUCAUAGCUGUGUUCUAUAAUGUAAACAACAAAUAAUAAGCUGAUAUAUUUUGAUUAAGAUAAGGCACAUUUUACCAUUGUUGUUGUUAAUCACCUCCAAUAAUGUUUAUUUUUAUUAAAUAUAUGGUGAUUAAAGUAAGACAUUUAAUUUCUAUGAGACAAAAAGUGAUUUAUUGGUUUACUUGCCAACAGCAGUUGAGAUGAAGGUUUAUUGUUUUUGUAAUAAAAAGGUAGAUC